AUGAGGAUUAACAACCUGCUUGAAAGAGGCAAAGUGUCCAACAUGGCUGGUCUCGUGGACAGUAUCUGCACCAUCAUCGCGGUCUUUCAAAAGUACGCCGACAGGAACAGGGACUGCUCCUCCAUGAAACGAAGGCAGAUGAAAAGACUCCUCCAAAACGAAUUUGGUGAAAUUCUAGAGAAUCCUCGUGACCCUCAAAUUGUCAAGCUGACCUUCCAACUGCUGGACCUGAAUGGAGAUAAUCUGGUUGACUUCAAUGAGUUCCUGUUCCUCAUCUUCGAAGUGGCCACCGCUUGCUACAGUGUCUUGCAUCCCCAGGAGUGUCUUUCAUACAACGAGGAAAGGCACAGAGCUGUGCGUAACGAGGAACCACGUAGGAACGGAAGCAGCCGCCGGGAAUUCAGGGAGGAGGACAGGAGAGGAGAGGAUGUCCAUGAGAGACGGGGUGCUGACCGGAUCCCCCUUCAAUCCGUGGAAGAAGCCAGACGAGGGGAACUUUCCCGUGAACUUCAAGGAGAGGAAGAAGACCGCCACUUUGAAAGACGUGAUUGUGAGUUGAGAGAUGAUGACAGGAGAGACCGUUCAUCUCAGAAACAUCUGGAAAGAGAGCCUGAACGACGACACCUCGAGCCCACAAAGCAGGAAGAUAUUGAGAUACCAAAACCUCGUCAACUGAAACAACGGGAAGAGGACUCUCUCCGACCGUCCCAAGAACACGUGAGAAGAAAUGAUAUUGACCGACGUGAAGCUCGGGAUCCCUUGGACAGGGAUGAAGAAGACCUGUAUUCUCCAAUAAUCACAUCCAGGAGGGAAGACAGGAGGCAACAAACCAUCGUGCAGAAUACAAUGUUGAAAGAAGCCGGCCAUCUCAUGAACGGCGAGAACACGAAGAUGGAAGGAGGGACCUGGAAGCGCACAAUGAGCGGAGGUCUCGUGCCCUUGAACCCCAUGGGGCUGAUGAGCGCCGAGAUCAGAUUCGUCACCGAAGCCCAGUAG